CGGUUUCUAAUCAACGUCGCCGGAACGAACGGGAACCAGUCUAGGAACCAGCUCAUGAAGAGCGUUGCUUUUAUCGCAUGGAACUCUGGGUAGGAGAGUGGCCAGUUUGAUGCAUUUUCGUUGAGUGCCGUUUUGGAUAUAUCCGACCACAAAUCUGGACUUCCGGUUGACAACCAUCCCAACCGCUACCACCACCGUCAAAAGAGAAACAUUCAACAUGUCGUCGAUCAAAACCGUUGCUACCUUUGCUAUCAUCAUUGGCUGUUUUGCCGUGCUGUAUCCGAGGUUUCUUCAUCCAAUGAUGCUGCGGAUAUGUGGACUUCAGACAAAGAGUUCUGGUGACGUCUCAGAUACUCCCCCAGGACGAAAUAUACAUUCGGGAAUUCGUCCUGAAGACCGGCGUCCUCCACAUAUGGGACAUCAGGGUGGCGAUCACAGACAACACAUGAGGCCCGGUCCCCACCCUGGCAUGCGAGCAGCAGCAGAGAUGCAGCGACAGCAAACUCAGCAUGGAGCUGGGCGGGGCAUGAUGGGUAUUGUCCUGCCCAUGUAUGCCGUGGGCAUUGUCCUUUAUCUCGUCUAUACCUUAGUUAAGGUGUUUGGAAAGAAAGAUAAAGAGUUGGAAUCUGGUGGCAGCUGGGGCUGCCAGACUGACAAUCAGGCUGUCUACAACAAUCCCUUGUCAUCAACACCGCUAGACCCACUCAAAGCACAAGAUUUCAACAACCUAAUAAGCAAGGACAAGAAGAAGGAGCUUGAAAAUCUGUUGCUGAAGGCAGAUGAUAAAAGCAUCAGUGAAGCAGAGAUGAAGGAGUUACAGAGACGGCUAGAGGAGACAGAGACACAGAUGACACAAAUCCUUAAAGCCAUGCAGCUGGUACAGAACAAAGUGGUGGACCAUACCCAGGAGCAGAAAGGCAAAUCUCAAGACUCAAGCCAAGAUAUUGACAGUUAUGAGAUUGUCAACAAAGGUGGAAAGAUGAGCAAGAGUGAGAAAGACCAGGAGACAUCAACGGAGAGCAAUGCUGGUGCUCCUGAUACUGAUGGAGUGGACAGUGUAGGGGUGGAGGAAGCUGGCCACUGUCCCACAACACCUGAAAUAGGAGACAAAAUGCAGUCACACUGUGAAGGAGGAAACUCACAACUUGGAAAGGAUGGUAACACAGAGGAAGAGAACAAGGAGAGGGAAGAGAACAAGGAGGGGGGGGAGAACAAGGAGGGGGAAGAGAACAAGGAGGGGGAUGAGAACAAGGAGGGGGAAGAGAACAAGGAGAAGGAAGAGAACAAGGAGAAGGAAGAGAACAAGGAGGGGGAAGAUGUAAUACUACAGAGCAGAGAGGAUUCAGAUGAGAAGAAUGUGCGUCAUCGUCAAGUACCUCAGCCUCACCCACAAUGAAGCCAGUAAAGCCUUGAAUGUCACCCAUUAAUUAUUUCCCAAGUUCGUUUGUAAACACAUCAGUUUUUGAACUAAUCAAGUGACAAAAUAAAACCCAACAAACAGCCCAGAAAGUAUGAAAUCAUUAUGGCCUGGACACACCAAGACACUUCAAUCAUUAGGGGUGCACCCUCCAUAUACACUGUUUCAAGAUUUGAAUGAUGAAGGAUUAAUUGGAAGCUACACAGUACAUGUUCAAAUGUGCAGGUGUGAUUUAGAUUGUGGUUUCCAGGAAUUUCAUUUGGAACUGACGAUGUUACUACAACUGUAUUCCUUCUUAACCUAAUAUGUUACCUCUGAUAGUAGUCACUGCUGGUUAAUUUGAUAGAUGAAAGGGUUGAGCCCUUUAGACUAGAUCUACAAGUAUACAGCUGAUUUAAACGAUACAUGACUCGCCUGUUAGGUUCUUUAUGAAGUCAAGUCUUGUAAUCUAAUCAGUCUAUGAAUAAUACUUCUAAGAAAAUGUCACUGAUGUCAAACAAAAACCAGCAAGAAAUGAAACUAUUUGGAACUAUAAUGUCGAUUAAGGCCAUGUAUGGACAUUGAUAACCGAAUACAAUGACAAUUAUAGCUCAAUGUUUUUUAAACUUUUAGUAUUUGUGCUUGUGCAAUAUUUUACAGAAUCUCAUGGUCAUGUUACAGGCCUUCAGCUUGUACACAGAGGACCCAUGUGUGUCAUCUCUAGAGGUUGUCUUGCUAAGUGAGAUGACUAUAUUAAUAAGUACCAUCCUGUCCUGUUUAUCCAAUUAGCCAGAUACGUUGCAGAUUGCCAAAGUUGUGUUCCUGCUUCUUUUAGUAGCAUUGUAGUAGUUGUGGUUCUAGGUGGUGAGGAACUAUGUCUGUUUGACUUGUUUGUGAUGUGAAUAGAACAAGAUGUGCAAUAUGAACAAUUCCCAGUAAACAUUAUGCUGCCAUGAAUUUUUAAGUUACUCGAUUCUGAUUGGUUAAUGAGAGGUAUCAAAUCACGAUAACCAUCUCUUAUUGAAACAGACGAUUUAAAGCCUGUGUCACCAUGGAAGGUAAUAUUUGUAGAAAAGUAUUUCUUUCUCAAUCUUUGUCGGAAGGCAUUUUUAAAUAAUUAUACGUACAAUUAUGUGUGGAAAAACAUUUUAGGCAGAAAAACACAAUAGAAAUGGACUAAACGAGUGUAUUUUGAGUUUUGGGAACACAGAGGGGUAGCCAUUUGGUGUCUUUCUACAACCGACUGUGAUGUCAAAUGUUCUGCAUCACAAUGUGUGGUGUGACGCCAUAAUAUUGAUAUGUGAUGUAAGGAGCUUGUGAAUUUCGCUUAGUUUUCUUUAGGGGUGCACUCUUCAUGUAGGCUAAGGAAGUUGCUGUGCUAAACACUUUCAGUGCCUGUUUUAUGUGCAAAUAAGGUAUACACUUGGAAACAAACAAUUUGAGUAUAUACAGCCCCAAACUUUGUUUAUUAUCAGUGGUUCAUGAAUUCAAUACGAUAACCCACUCAAAAUAUUGAACUCAACCCACUCAAUGUCGUGGCUAACACCAAAGAGUUCACAUUACUUUUUGUCAUUGUAAAAUGAAGAUAAACACACUGUGCUUACAAUGUUGAACUAAUUGACCUGUACAUUUAAUUGCAUGUUCUGUUCAUGUUCAAAUUCAAUUUAGUGCAGUGCUAAAUAUACAGGUACCCAUGCUUCACUUUGACAACAUAGUAUGUUUAUCUCCUAAUUAUCACUUAUCUAUUAUUUCUCUAAAUCACAUCCCAAAUAAAACCUUCUUCUCACCCUUGGUAGAUCUAGCCAAUAAUAAAGCUAACACUUGCUAUGACGGAUCCAGCAUUGGUAAGUUUUGGGGCUAUGGUUUUUAUUAUUAUGUACAAAAAAUAAUGCAGAGAAACAAAUAUGUAUUUCUUCAUAUUCACGAUUUGAUCCCUUUACUUCAUGCCCAACCCACACAGGCACACGUGCAGCUGCUGCAGACUGACAGUGCAGCACUACCUGGCUGGCUGGCAAGGAAUGAGCAGUAUACCUUUAUGAGGGUCUUAGCAACCUUAUGGUGCAUGGUCUCCUUCUGAUUGGUAACUUUUGUUCUCUGUCCUGAAACAGCUGAAGAGAUUGUCUAGCUCCAAAAGAGAACUCUGGGGGAAAAAAUAAGAAUGUCCCUACAGAACCACAAGUGAGUAAGUGACCGUAAAAUGACUAAGUUUUGUUGUGGUUCAAUGAGGAUAUGAAGGACGAUGCUGAAAUCACAAUGCCAAGACUGCUGAAAUUGGUAGGACAUGUAGUACUAUAAGUGCACUCAAGUUUAAUAAUUUACAACAAGGAUUUAGUUUCUUAAGUAACAAGUGUCAAGUAUGUCUUUCUCUUAGACUUAAUUCUUAACUUUGGUCAUUUUUUACUAUGUUUUGAAAAUAGAAGAAUUUUUUACUCGAUUGUCUGCUAGUUGUUGUGAUACCUUGCAUAGCAUCACUAUGUUUGUCACACGUUUGUCAUCAUGGCAUUGUUCUUUUAUGUUCCUUUGAAGACAUAUUGAUGUCAUACUGUCUUUCAAAUCCAACAGACCAUAUUACACAGCCAAAUGAUACUCAAAGUAUUGAGAACUUAAGACAGCCACAUUUUCCUCCAUGGCUAAUAUAAAUGUAUAUCUUUCAGCUCACUCAGAAUAUGACUGGUGUGCACCAGUGGAUUGGCAUUAUCAUGUUUGCUUCAACACCUAUGCAGGCAGAUCUAUGAUCCAAAUAAAGCCUUAUAUUGGUUGUAGACUAACAGUUCGUUAGCAGACUUUGGCACAUCCUUGCAGAAUGUCAUUGCCUAAAUAUUUUACUAUUUAUGUAUGAGCCACAUCUUGGUCCUUUGUGUUGCUGAUGUUAUAAUGACAGUGUAUGAACAGGGCAACAUGUUGCUAGGAUAAGAUCAUAUUAAACUGCUAGAAGUGGAUGUAUUUUUUAUAAAUGUGUAUAAGAAAGAUAAUGUGUGUGAAUGUACUGUUAUUUAGGAUUUGUUAACAAAGUUGAUUGUCUGUCUUAGGAAAUCUGUUUGAAAGACUGUAAUACUGUUUUAACAUAUGUGAAGUAGAUGUGAUGAUUUAAUGGAGUUAAUGGAUGUUAAGCUCACCUGACCCAAAGCCAAAUGAGCUUUAGUCAUGGUCUGCUUGUCUGUCUUCAGUACCUGGUAACCUCAUCUCCUAAGUCCUAAGAAACAGUGAAGUAGGAACUUGGCAUGCUUGUUCCCACCAGAGAUAACAUCUCAAGAGGUGCACAUGAGAUGCUCAGUAUGACCAUCAGGACAGCAGAGUAAUGUCUAGAUUGUAGUUAAGCUUGACAUAUAUGUCCUGCUUUUUGUGAUAUUUAAAUAUUGACCUUUAUUUGGCCACUUUGAGCAUGUCCUACCUUCUGUGCACUCGCAGAUGUGUGCACAUCUCUGAAACUGCUAAACUGGUGAAGCUGAAGUUAGGUAGGCAAUUUUCUUUUAAUGAUGAGACACAAAUUGUGGUAUGUUGCUCAUUAUACAGGGUUUGUACAGGAUUUCAGUGUUAAAAUUCAAUGCCUUUUCUCUACAAGGCUCCAUCUCCAAAAUUCAAGUUAAUGCAAAUUUAUCAGUAUAUGCCAGGUACAUUUACCACCAUUAUCACAUGAAAACAUGGUUCACUUUGAGGACUUUUCUGUUCUAUUAUGGAUUCAGGCAUACAGAUGAAUCUAAUGCACACAGCCAGUUAUUGGAAGUCUGGUCCAGACUUGGUUAUUUAUUCAGUCAUAUAGCUGGAAUAUUGGUGAGUGCAGCGUUCCACAAGCAAAACACUUGUCUACAUACCGGUACUACAUGUAUUCCACAAUAGGUCAUUGUUUCUUGGAAGUUUGUAACAGGUUCUUUUUCCAACUCUAAAUGAACAUAUUUAUGUUUAUAUAAUUUACUUGCAAUGUGUAUUGAAGAAGGCAAUUACAGGGCUUUCAUGGCAUAUCCAUUUUCAAAACAAAGUUUGAAUGCAAUAUGUUGCAGACAGCAGCAUAAAAUAAAGUUGUUUUGUGUAUGAGGAAUAAAUUAUUUAUUUUUGCGUGUUUCCGUUUUGUUUACCUUAACAUGUUUAUUUGAUUUUGACUAUAUUUCCUGAAUCUCUGUUACCUUGUCACUCACCUGUGGUGUCUCAAUCACAUAAUUUUGUCCCAAAAUUUUCUCUUCUUUAUGUGUCUUCAUACAAUGUUGAUUAGCAGCAAUAUGUGGUAUGCCCAGAGGCCAAAUAAGAUGUGUCUGUAAAUAAUCAAGUCUGGACCAGACAAUCCAUUGAUGGCAUGCUUCAAACCAAGUCAGCGAGCCUGACCACCUGAUCCCCUUAGUCGCCUUUUAUGGCAAGCAUGGGUUAUCUGUCAAAAGAGUUACUGGAUAUAUGUUGUGUAGAAAAUGUUUUUUUGUGUGCAUUAACUCAUCUUCUUGUAGGACCUUUUGAUGUUCCAAAAUAUCAGGUGAGCUACACAGCCUUAUUGCUCCUUUUUUUACCAAAAUAAAAUAUUGUGUAAGAAUCUGAUUAGCUUGGACUUGGAUUUCAUAAAUUAUGACACUUGUAUGACAGGAAAUGGAAAAACCUGUCAUGGGAAGGUCGUGGUAUAAACUUUACUGUGGUAGUUAUCUGAUAACAAUCCUUGUUACCUUUACAAGUUGUAUUUAUUCAUAGUUCUAUGAAUGUCUUUACAAUA